AUUAUGUUAUUUUCCUGUUUAAUAUGAAGCUACUUUAAAACAAUCUCUAUGGUUUAAAGCACUUUACUUGACAAAGACACAAAAACUGCAAAAAAAAAGUGCCCGAUGACAGAAUUAAUGUAUUUGUUUUGAACACAGUCAUGUGAUGGUGCGUUCAAUCACAGAUAUUUUCAUCCUUAAUCAAUGUCUAUAUAGUUUAUGGUGCUUUGUAGUUUUUUAAAUCUGUAUAUAAAGCAUCAACAUAAUCCUUUAAGUUCUAAAGCAAUCUCAUUUGACACAAGCUCCUCCUUAGCGGUUCUUCACAGUCCACACACACAAAGAUACACCAGAAGAACGAUCAGACAUCCACAUCAACUCAACUCAUUUCACUUCAGGUAAAAUCCAAAACAUAUCUUAGAAUGGAAACCAGUGAGGCCAUCUCAACUGACAAAGUGACAGUUGUCAUUCAAAUAAAUCCACAGGAGGCAAAAGAUGGUGUUGUUUUUGUUGAUGGACAGCAGGCCAGAGGAGUAUCUCACAAUACAGCUCUUAAAGGAUUUUUCAAAGCACAACCAAAGGCACUGGGGACUGUACAGAUAAUGAUUGGAGUGAUGGUCUUCUUACUUGGUAUUGUACUCACCGCAAAUUUCUACAUAUUUAGUACUAUUUCUGUCGUUAGUGGCAUCACCGUCUGGGGAUCUUUCAUUUACAUCAGUACUGGCUCUCUGUCUGUUGCGGCACAGAAUAAACUUCAUCCGUGUGUGUUGAAAGCCUCUCUUGGAAUGAAUGUGAUCAGUGCCAUAACUGCAGGCAUAUCCAUCAUUCUGAUGGGUGCAGACAUAGGAAUCACCACACAGGAGCGUCCAAAUUGCCGCUAUGGAUAUGACUGUUUAAUUCCUCAGGGGUUUGGUUCAGGGAUCCUUGGAAUAUUGCUGGUGUUCUCCAUCCUUCAGUUGAUCAUCUCCAUCUUUAUCUCAGCAUUUGCCUGCAAAGCCACCAGCAGCACAGACUCUACAGUGGUCAAUGUGGCAGUAAACCAGGUAAAUAAUUUAGUGGUGGUGAUGCAAUUGCAAUAAAUAGAGUGCCAGUUAGUUUUAACCCAACACCCAAUAGAUAUAUUCUUCUAAAUAUAACUUCUACAGGGUUUCAAUCUUGUGUGUGGAUCACGUUUGUCUCUUGUAAACUAAAAUAUUUUGUCUGUUACUUCCCAGGGAUACUGAGUCACAGUAAGGACAUACCAUCCAAAGGUUGCAAGGAAUCAAUAUUUUUAAUGUUGCUUCCGACUCAAAAAUGUUGUAUUCUUUCUAGUGUAUCUAUAAUAAAAGAGUGAGAAUAUAUGGACACAUUUUAUAAUUAUUGGAAAAUUGAUCUUCAAACCCUGAUCAAACACAUAUGUACAAGCUAAUGAAUCAAGCUAGCCUUCAGAAUAAAAAAACAAACAAAAAAAAAAACACACAGGCAGGUGAGUUGAUCAGGGUUGGAGCUAAACUGUACAGGACCAUAGACAUUGAGGACCAGAUUUGUGAAACCCUUUGUUAUCAACCACAUGUUGACAUUAUUUUUUAAAGCAAAUCAUGAUUGGACUGAUAUAUGAGUCUUUUAAAUAAAGGUGACCACUUCAAAAAUCCUCAAUCCUA